UGAUGCAUGGCAGACCUCCCAGGAGGUACUUGAAGAAUGAAAACCAGGGACGACAUCUCACAUGCAAACCGCAUCAUCUACACGUCGGUGUUGUUUGGUGCAGCCUAUGUUACGAUGACAUCAUCCGUGAUCGGAGUUACCCUACCUGACAUCAUGUGUUUGCUGGGCGUCGACCUGAAGACGUGUAGCUCUCUUCUGUUUGCCUAUGGUUUAGGGCUGUGUUGUAGUAGCCUGACCGGACACUUCUUGAAGGGAAAGGUAGACGACCCUCUGUUCUUGGCGGCAGUAUUGGUAUCAAACGCUGUGAUUAUUGCUGCUGUACCCACGUCGCUGUUCUUGUGGCUGACCUUAACCUUGAUGCUCCUUAGUGGCUGGUGUACAGGAACAUGUUCAUUUGUGGGAACUUUACAGUGUUAUGUCAUGUGGCCAAACAACGCUUUUGGUGUGUUCUUCAUGAAAUCAGGAGCGUCCCUAAGUGCGAUAAUUAUGCCCCUUGUGUCUAAUCUCUUCCAAAACAAUCACAAGGGCAUUGAUACAGAUGAAUCGUUCCACAAUACGACACGAACACAUCCUAACCCAGAGCAGCGGUGCAACGGAUUCAAUACCAACAUAAAUUACCUAUACAUACUAAUGUCCGGGUUAGGCCUUCUUGUGGCCAUAGCCUUGAUGUGUUGCUACAACGCUUUCCUUAAGGACGGUGACGUGAUGGAACUACCCCUAUCAAGGAAUCGGAAACCUGCAGAACAUAGAAGCCUGAGUAAACUGUUUACAUCUUUAAUGGUGUGUUUUGCCUUUACCAGCUCUACUUGUAUUGCAUCCUUUUGGGAGCUAUUUGUGACCUAUGGAAUUCGCACGCCGCUAAACCUGAGUCUCAGGGACAUGUCCGGAAUGUUAUCAGCGUUUUCGUGUGGCAUCUUCCUCAGCAGAUUCGCCAGUGUCUUUCUCUCAGCUAGGAUCAGACUUGACGCAUUGAUGUUAGUAUAUGUGGUACUCACCAGCGUAUCAUCUGUUCUGUUCCUGGUAUUUAAGGACACCAGUAUCAUGAUGAUGUGGACAAACUGUAUCCUGUAUGCUAUCGGACUAGGGCCGAUAUAUCCUGGGAUUCUGGCAUGGCUUAAGGAAUAUUCGGAUGGAUCACCCCGAGUUUUGAAUGCAGUUUUGCUUUUCUACCAUGCUGGUUUUUUCAUCAGUCCAACUAUUUGCGGCAUGAUUAUGGAUAUGUCUGGAGCUGAUGCCUUUAUAUACAUAGUUUCUGGUGUAGGUUUAUUUCAGUGCGUGUUGUUUCUUUGUUUGUCUUACAAUAAUUGGAAGAGGACACAUGUCAUAACUACUAGCGCCACCAAAGGCCUGUCAGAUUGAAUUCCUUUACAGAUGUUAGCAAAAUAUCAUGAACAAGACAGGCACCAUUCUUUUGUGUAAUUGUUCAUCAUAACAAAUGGCUACUUUAUCUCUUGAAUUGAAAUCGUCUUAACCAAGGAACGUUUUGAUUGAAGUACUCAUAAGAGUGGACUUGACUUACAAAGUGCAACAGAGGCAAUUGAUGGACCUGUCAAUAUAUUAAGGUGGAUAGUUCAGUAACAUUUAGAGACAAUGUGAUUUUACACAUUCGUUAGUAUUUCGUUCUUCUCCCAGAAAUGUCAUAAAGGUAAUUACCUGCAUGGCGUGCAAAGGACAAUAUAUUGUUUGACCAACCGGGAUCGAAUGCACACGCAUAAAAAUGAACACCAAGAACUACACUUCAUAUCUAUACGUGCACAUCUCGACACAUGAGCGGAAAACGGAAAUCAUUUUUUCUUUUUAUUCAGAAGAUAAAUACUAUGUGUGUGUCUAUUUCCGGGAUUUUAUCGAGUAUUUGCAUCUUGGAAAUUCAUCUCGAGACCCGAAAGCGAUAGUAUUUAUCGAUAUUGUAAACCUAUUGUUUUAUUUAGAAAAAAAACAUGCGCACUCUUUAACACCUCGUACUUACUCGGUUGUGAGGCGUCAACAUCGAACGUUCUGUCGCUGCUAUGGUGAUUGUGAUUUUGGUAAUAACGUACACCGGUAAUGAGACGCAAAUACCAUCACGUAUAUUUCAGCUGCGAUACCUACAUCCUUGAAUUCCUCAUACAUUUUAGAAUCAAAUGCCAAAUGGUCUUUGUCACCAAUACAAAUUGUCUAGAUGUAAUGAAGCAAAAUAAAUGAGGUGUGAAAACGAACGCUGAAAAAACUGCACUUGUUUGGAAAUGUAAACAAAGCCAUUCGUCUAUUCGUUGAGUACAUUGGCUCGAGAUCUGCAUUUUCAGAAUAUACACGGGAAGAGAACCGUAGAAAGAAUUAGGGAAUUAAACAUAUAUACAUUGCAAUAAUUUGAUAUUUUCAACAGAACUUGUCGAAGUUCCCGUCCUAUGUGACGCUAUGACUGACGCAAAAUCACGCACAACGACAACGGUAUUUAUCAGAAUUUCUGACUAUUUUCGUUGGUUUCAAUGAAAAAUACAACAACAAAAAACAGUACACAGAUUGUCAGAAUGUUUCUGAUUACUUACAUGUCACAUUUAUGUAUAUACGAACCCUGAAUCAACGAAAGUCCCCUCGUAAAAUCCCGCGCACUGUUGACAGUCAACACGCCAUUUUGUAAAAUUCGGUCACCGGUAGGCUAGUGAUGUCAAACUUCAACAUAUUUGUUGUACAUAUUUGGUAAUUUCUCUGAGGUGAAGGUCCUUGAAUGAAAGUACACACGAUCAUUGUUAAUUGCUUUUUACUGGUUCAUGAUGUAGAUCUUGCAUAUCUUUUGUACAUUUUUUUCACACAAUUAAUUUCACUUUGGAUAUUAAUCAAUGUUCAAUAUGAUAUCAUACGUAGAUAUAGGCCACAACAUAUAUGAACGUUUUAUAAUCUCCUGUUUGUUUGAACAAUGUUCACAUAUGAAGUUGAUAAGUUUAUAUAGUGUCGUAAACGAUAUUUCUUUAAUUUGAACAAGUGUACAUGUGACAGGUACAUUUACAUUUCAUCUUGUAUGUAUUUCUAGGGAGUGUAAUAGUCAAUAUUAUAAGUUCAUAUAAAUAGUGUCCAUGAAUAGCCGUUUCAUUUUAUUUUAUAACUAAAACUGACGAUAUAACUUAACCAAAAUCGAUAUUAUUUUUCGUUAAAUUAAAUGCACACAUUUCUUGAAGAAUUGGCUUGGUCUUGGAUUUUUUUUAUGCCGUUUGAUAUACAGAACAGUGAUAUCUCAGGAUUCGCCAGGAGCGCGUUUGUCGCUAUGGUGAUUGUGAUUUUGGUAAUUAUUUCAUUGUAAUUUCUUUUAAUUAAAAAUUUAAAAUCCCAAUUAUUCCCAUGAAUAGAGAAAAUCAAAAUAUUUGUUAUGAAUUUUGUAUUUCAAUUUGCGUCCAUUGUUAAUAAGUAUGCAAAAAAUGCUGAGUAAUUAUGUAUUCCUACACAGUGAUUCGGUCGCUUGCUUCAGGGAAUUCAAAUCAUAUUUUCACCCUCUGACAUUUGGUCAUGUGACCCAAAUUAGCCAAUCACAACACAGAACACACUUUCUAUAGGUUUACAAUAAAGGUUCACGUCGGACAAACGGUACAAAACAAUAUCUUGUCAAUACGUUCAAUCCAGCAUUAAAUAUAGCAUGGGUUUGAAUAGGUCUUCAGCAACCCAUGCUUGCCGUAAAACCGAUUAUGCUGGUCGUAAAAGGCGACUAA